GAGUGCUAAUCUGCUACAUUUAGGGAUGCGCUCUUUGUCAAAAAGUCAGUCAGUUGUUAUUUGGCGCAAACAGACACGGCUGCGACGAUUUCAGCAACGUGAAUGCUCCGGCUUCUAAAUCGUUAUGUAAAGGGAACAAUUUUAUGGAGGACAUCCACAAAAUGAAGGCUCAGGUGCGCCGUGGGGUUAUCGUCAUUAUAGUUAUUACCAUGGGUACCAGUCUCAUGGUUGUGUACAACAACAGCUUCACGGACACGUCAGGGACAGCGUAUCCCACGGAUGCUGCUGCUACUGGGCCGCAAAUGGAUAAGCCCAGGAAAGCGCAGCCUAAACCAGGAAGAGCCCUGUCAUCAACCCUACAGGGCUACACUGGAGUCAUCGAUCAAAAGCCUCUGAGGAUGCACUGUAACUGCUGUGCCCUGGUGACCAGCUCUGGCCACCUUACCGGCAGCAACCGUGGGGACGAAAUCGACAGCACUGAGUGCGUCAUCCGCAUGAACGACGCCCCGACUGGGGGUAGUUUCCAGCGGGAUGUGGGCCAGCGUACCAGCCUGCGCGUCAUCGCCCACUCCAGCAUGCAGAGGGUACUGCGGAGCCGGCAGGAGCUGCUCAACGCCAGCCAGGACUCAGUCUUCCUCUUCUGGGGACCCAGCAGCUGUAUGCGACGCGACGGCAAAGGCCUGGUCUUCAACAACCUGCGUAUGGUCAACCAACUUCUGCCCAAACUGAAGGUCUACGUCAUCUCCCAGCUCAAGAUGCCGCAGUUCGAUGAGCUCUUCAAGAAGGAGACAGGGAGAGACAGGAAGACCUCUAACUCAUGGCUGAGCACUGGCUGGUUCACCAUGGUCAUUGCCCUGGAACUCUGUGAUACGAUCAAUGUCUAUGGCAUGGUGGCUCCUGACUUUUGCAGGGCUCCUUCCCAUCUCUCGGUGCCGUAUCAUUACUACGAGCCUUCGGGGCCUGACGAGUGCGCCAUGUAUCUCUCCCACGAGCGGAACCGGCGCGGAAGCCACCAUCGCUUCAUCACAGAGAAGACAGUGUUCGCCAACUGGGCUCGGAUGUUCGACAUCCACUUCUACCAGCCAGACUGGACCCCGUCCUCUACUCUCAAUGGAAACAGCUCACUCACACCAGCUUCAGAUGGCUCUUGAUACCAGACAUAGACAGAAAGGUCCCCAGGACCUGGAGAAGAUGUGACUGUGUUUGGACUCCAACAUGCUGAUUUUCCUCAUCCUUCCCUUGGCUCCCUUAUGGGAGUGUCCCUUAUGGGAGUGUGUGGGAGGAGUGGAAAAGUACAAGGGUCAUUCCACCAAUUCAGUGCCCUUUGAGAAGUGUAAUUUGGUAAAAAAAUACAUAUAUGUUGGAUUUAACAUAAUUUUAACAUUCUGACAUAAAGAGCACAUGUUCAACUUCAUCUCAGCAGGUUAAAUUAAAAAAUGACUAUAGUAAGUGCUAACUAAGUGGCAAAUAAAGUAACAGGGUUGACUGUUUUCUUAAAUCAGCCAUAAAUCCCCUUGUACCAGGGGGAAUGGAAGCUCACUGUGUGCAACGGAGGGUGGCAAUUGAAUGUAAGCUUCACAAAAUUAUUAUAAAAAUUGUAUAAAAAAAAAGAAAAAAAAGAAAUGCCUGUCUAUCUAUGGGUAACAGGGUUGACAUGUUAUGUUCGACCCGCUCAGAUUUCCACCACAAAACACCAGAACGUGGCAAAAAAAGAGUGGAACCAGCUCACCUGCUUUUACACUAGGAUCUGACUAUUAAAUGAGAGUUCUGUUCGCGUAACGUGUUGAACUUCAAAUGAUGGACAGAUGUAAAUGAUUCACUAAUCACAUGAAAUAAAUAAUCAUCUUCAGAAAUGACUUAGUUAUUUUGUUGCUUUGACAAAGGCUUUACAAUGAUGGUGAUACUUUGAGAAAUGUUGGGAUUAAGUGGGCUAACAUCUCCUUAGAAGUGACACAGGGCUGAAGGAGGGAAAUGUCAAAAUGCAGAAUUUUGGCACUUUAGCAAGUGUCAUAAAAAAAUCUGAUUAAUUGAAUUAUCCAUAUGGUCUAUAUUAAAUAUAUUUUAGAUUAAUAUAACAGGCUUUAAAAAAUAUUGGUGCACAAUUCUUACUUAAAAUAUCAAAGGGACUCAAAAGGCACUCUUUUCGUGGAAUGACCCGCAAGCUGCAGUUGCUGGAGAAGCAGAAGUGUGUAGCUGCUCCUCAAAAUAGUUGGCACAAACUUAGCUCCAACUUGAGAAAACUUGAGGUGUUUGCUCAACUUGUGUUCAUUCUACUAUAAAAUAUUAUUUGGGCAGCUUAACUAAAAAAGGCUGUGCAACUGGUUACACACACAAACAGUGCUUUUAACACACAUGAUUAAAUUGUGCUUUUUAAUUUAUACAUUAAUUUUUAUUCAACAUGUCCUCACCUGGGAUAUGAACUCACAACCUCUUGGUUCGUGGAAUUCAGAUCUUCAUACUACACCACCAUGUCUGUGUCAAUUAUCAUUUAAUCAGACUUUUCUCUCAUUCUUGAUUUGAUUGACCUAUUUCAGCAAUUAGGCUAGUUUAUAACUCUGGGAUAUACCAACUCAAAUAAUAAUGACAGACGCAAUAUCUCCUUCACAAUACUUAAAAUAAAUGAUUUUGUUGAAUUAUUUACACAUUCUGUAAGUAACUACAUAGGGCCUAUAUAAAACAACUGGGCACAAUAAAAGGAGAGCUCAAAUACAAGGACAACUGGCUACCACUCUGUUUUUCCACACUGAUACAAACUGGGAAGAGAGAUUCUAUGUAAAACUACAUGAUCGCAUUGUGUCAUCGUAGUGCCCUUUCCUUUAUGUUUAUGGAGACAACAGAGCUGGAGAAAUAUACAUUCUUAACAACUGAGCCUGACUUGAU